AUGAAAGGGAAGGGAGAACUGAUAACAUGCUCAGAUGAGAAUAACUCGGAGCUUUUCCAUGGAGUUCUUGGUGGACUGGGACAGUUCGGGAUCAUCACCAGGGCCAGGAUUGCACUGGAGCCAGCUCCCAAAAGGGGGUUAGAGACCAGGAGUAGCUCAUCUCUCUCCAUUGGCGCAGAACCAAGCCAGAGAUUCGACUACGUCGAAGGCUUCGUCGUCGUCGACGACGGCCUGAUCAACAACCGGAGGUCGUCGUUCUUCUCCCCGAAGAACCCUGUCAAGAUAAGCUCCGUAGGAGCCACCGGCGGCGUGCUGUACUGCUUAGAGAUGGCCAAGAACUACGACGACUCCGCUGCCGACUCCAUUGAUGAGGUAGGUGGUAGAGGCACUCUGGGACAGCUGAGCUACAUACCGGCAUCGGUGUUCACCACCGACCUCCCCUACGUCGACUUCCUCGACCGCGUCCACGGGCCGGAGCUGCAGCUCCGCGCCAACGGGAUGUGGGAGCUGCCGCACCCGUGGCUCAACCUCUUCCUGCCGGCGUCACGGAUCGUGGACCUCGACCUUGGCAUCCGCCGCAAUAGCACCGGCGGACCUAUCCUCAUCUACCCUAAUAUCGCAUGCCUUGUUUGCUUGCCCUGCCUUGCAUGCAUGCAUGCAGCCCUUGCAACCCUAGCUAGCUCACUAAUGAAUGCACACGGUUAG